UUGUAGGAAAGUGAGCAUUUCAGCGGCUGACGAAUUACUCUUUCAUUUCCGCUGUCUACGAGGUUUCACUUCUUUUCUUACUACAUUUUCAUCAUUAUCAGCAUCAUCACCACUUGAGUCUGAGCAAUUUCCAUUGUGAGUUUAAUAAAUAUGAUUUGUGAAGUUGUGCUAACUUGAUUUAACAAAAUGGCAAAACGGUGGGAACAGAACUACUGACGAGCGAAAGUCGAAGUUAGGGUAAUUCGAGCAAGAUAAAAAAAAGCAUAACUACAGCUGUAAAAUUCCGUUGCUGGUUGAAGGAAACAAAUUGCUGCAUUGAUGCUGUAGAAAAAGAUUGAAAUCGUUAGACACAAAGCCACACGCUGAGCAUUGAUACGCUGCUCCGCCCGCCAUUAUUGCUGUUCAGUUCAAGUGUCCACGUGAGCUCACGCUCGGUAGGGAGACUAAACCCGACAUCUCUUGCCAAUGGAACUCAAGAUUUUCGAUAAUUUCGGAAAUUCCAUCAAAGAGGGUGCACUCAAAACGUGUUCCUAAAUUUUCGAAAACUUUUCCCGGAAUUUUUACCGUUCCAUUCAAUUUCGGACCGGAAAUCUCGGAAUUUUUGGUCGAAUGGAAAGCGCCCCAAGAUUUCAGGAGUUCCGGUUUCACAGCGCUUGCGUGCCUUGGUUUAAAACAUGGCAAUCUCGUUUCCAGAGCCCACGUGUCUUUUGGUCAGUGCGCUGGUAUUUAACCGCGGCGUGUUCAAAAUUUAGCUCCACUUAGCUGGCGAGCGUCAUGGCGCGAAUGCUAUUGUGGCUGGUAUCGCUACUCGCAUCUUGCAAGACCUCGGACGUUACUAGUAUGAAAUUUCAAGUUUUCGAAGAACUACAAGCUGGAACUUUUGUAGGAGACAUUUCAGCGAGUUCCUCAGUCAAAGCAAUGGCCACAAAUGAGGACAUCAAGGUAGAGCUUCAAUACAAGUUCAAAGCACUGCAAAAGUAUUUCCGCAUCAACGAAAGUACUGGUAUUAUACGGACUACCGCGAAGAUAGACCGUGAGAACGUGUCCCUUGGACUAGUUCGCGACGCGUUUGAAAUCUGGUUUGAAGCCUCGAAAGGAGAUAUGACAGAUGCUAUACCGACAGAGAUCAAGAUUCUAGACAUAAAUGACAACAGUCCUAUUUUUAAGGAGGAUAUUGAGAAUAUUUCUGUUAAAGAAUCUGUUCCACUAGGUAUAGAGUUGUCAAUAACGGUGGCGGAAGAUUCGGACAUUGGUAACAAUUCUGUUCAAAGUUACGAGAUUGUUGACAGGAACGACGGCGGGGUAUUUGACUUAAAAGUAUCGCGCCUUACUUCAGAAAUAUUUCAAGUCAAACUUGUCGUGUCGAAAAGGCUGGACCGCGAAAUAAACGACAGCUACUAUUUGGUGAUAGAGGCGAGAGAUGGGGGUAGCCCACCAAGGGUUGGACGCAAAGGUUUGAGUAUCACAGUUCUAGAUGCGAACGAUCACUCUCCCAAAUUCAGCAAAGAUCGCUAUGUCGGCGAGGUUAGAGAGAAUUCUCGUGUAGGAACGUUUGUGCUUAAUGUUACUGCGACAGAUAAAGACAUUGGUACAAACGGUGAAGUGGUCUACUCUCUCCAAGUUCCGCCUCAAUACAAAGAUCUUUUCACGCUGGACGCGCGAACGGGCGAAAUUCGUACAAACGCUGCGUUAGAUUAUGAACUCUCGAAGGAUUACCGGCUAAAGGUGACGGCGAGAGACAAAGGACCGGACCCCAUUCCGUCAUAUGCUGUGGUAAAUGUGAAGGUUCUUGAUGAGAACGACAACAAGCCAGAAAUCACCGUGAAUUUGCUCCCAAACACGUUCCACAAGCAGGAUAAGAUUCCCGAGGAAACCAUCGUCAAUACUCCCUCCCUCAAUACGCCCUCCGGUCUCCCAGGGAACAUUCCAGCUGCAACGAAAGCGGACAAUAAUGUGGUGGAAACGGGAAAGGGGAAUGGAGGUUACUUUUCGGACACAAAGAUGAUCAUAGGGGUUGGAGCGUGCGCCGGCUUCUUGUUGUUGAGUGUUUGCCUGAUAGCAGUUUUCUGCUUGAAGUUCAGGCGUGAAAAUAACAAAGAAGAAGACAAACACGGUAGCUAUCAUGAGCCAGACAUAAGUCGGGAAGAUGCGCUGAAGGCGUCCAAGAAAAUGUUCCACCAAGCGAUUUCUAACCCGCGCCAAGAGACCAUGAUCUAAGAGAACACAUCCUCCAUACAUGGGCCUCUUGCAAUGAUAAUCUUUUUCAAUCUAAUUUUAGCGCUUGGUCAAACUGCGAGGCUAUUUUAGGAAAGAGACCCGACUGGCCAAUUUAAUCCACCGUGCGAAAAAAGAUGGCGGAUGUACAUUUUACCACAAAGCCUUGCGAACCUA